CAUUUUUUCAAUUAAAAUUGUGGUAACGAAUUCAAUUAUUGUGUCGAAUAUUACAAAAGACUAUUUAAUUAACAAAGAAGACUGGUUAUUGUUAGAAUAAGAUGGAGCACUUCAAGUCUUAUUUUGACAAAAUUAAACAUCAGCUGACCAGCAAAGAAGACUGUUUGGUGAUCUUUUUCCACUACUUGGCCAUUCGUAGUGGAUUGUACUGCGCGGGAAUAGGAGAGAAUUGGACCAGCAUCUCCAAAAAUACCACGGAUAUACCUCCCGAAGGAUGGAAUGCCAAUCAACAACUUUAUUUUUUUAGAUACACGGACCACCAGCAACAGCAAUUUCAAUUGAAAAUAGUCAAUAAUAUAGAAUACAAAUUCCUUUUCGUUUACUGGAUAAAUUUUGGCAAUAGCUAUUCCUGCGGCACACUCGUCAAGAUCGAAGAUCACGUGGGAGAGAACCUAACAACGGUUGAGGAAGCGUUUAAAACGCCAAUGGAAGUGCUAAAGGAACUCUUCUGCCGUAUGAUAAACGAUUCUCGUCAAUACCAACAGACACUAGCGGGGGCAACGUCUAGAAAUGUCGUGGAUGAAAUUCCGGGGUCUUCGUGUUCGGCGGCGACUGGGGCGAUUCCGAAAACUUUCGCACGAUAAAGAGACGGGGGCCAAUCCAAAGACAUCAUUUGAGAGAAAGAUACGGUUCCAAAAUCUUCGUCCCAGGAGGAAUUUCAAUCUACUCCAAAAUCACCAACGAAGACAAAACCCGAAUAAACUGGUUCUUUGAGAACACAAUGUAAAUCAGACGCACCCCGCUUCAUACAAACUUAAAAAAUUUACAAUAAGGAAACUUUUAGUUAAUGGCAGGCCAAAUUUUAAUUUAUAAAUUAAUAAUUCACAUAUUAAUUCUAAAUUCUGUUGUUUAUAGACUAAUAAAAGCUUUUAAUAAAUUA